AAUUCUUUUGCAGACGACUUUUGAACGUAAGAAAAAUUGAAUCGACUCACUCUCUUAUGUAAACAAUAAUAACUAGCCUUAUUGAAAUUUAAUACAUUCAAAGUAUACAACACUCCUAGGAGACGGUUUAACGAGUCAAACCAUGUCUUCUAAAGAAAACACAGUUUCAGUGGGGCUGUUGACAGUCAGUGAUCGUUGCUUCCAAGGACUGACUACGGACACCAGCGGAGCCUGCGUGCGCAACUUGAUUAAUGAGGGUUCUCAUCUAAAAGCCACCGUCAUAGUUGAAGAUUGCGUCCCUGAUGAAAUGGAUGCCAUACACACCAUACUUACCAAAUGGUGUGAUGAGUUAAAUGUCAAUUUGAUCUUCACUCUAGGAGGAACAGGUUUUUCACCAAGAGAUGUAACACCAGAAGCAACUAAGACUAUCAUUGAAAGAGAUGCUCCUGGACUCAGCUUGGCUAUGAUUAAGGCAUCACUUGAUAUUACUCCUUUUGCUAUGCUUUCCAGGCCUGUUUGUGGCAUUAGAAAACAGAGUCUUAUUAUCAAUUUACCUGGAAGUCCUAAGGCUGUAAAGGAAUGUUUUCAUAUAGUAUCCCCAUCUUUGCAACAUGCAGUAGAUUUAAUAACUGGAAGAAAAGAAGUUGCCGAAACUCAUAAGAAGAUGCAGUCUAGUGAAGCAGCUCCUAUUAAAGAACAUCAUCAUUCCUGCAGCCAUCAUCAAUCAAGAAAUCUUGAAGCAGUUGCAUUCCGUCCAAGACAUUCAAAUUUUCCAAUGAUCAGUGUUAAAGAAGCACAAAACAUCGUUUUUAAUCAUUGCAACAUAAUAGGAUAUGAAACAAUUGAUUACAUGGAAAGCGUGGGACGUGUUUUGGCUGCGGAUGUCUUCUCUACUGAUCCUCUUCCUCCUUUUCCAGCUUCGAUGAAAGAUGGUUAUGCUGUCAUAGCUGCUGAUGGCCAAGGUACAAGACAAGUAAUUGGUGCGUCAAUAGCCGGUUCACAGCCGGCAGAAGUAAAUGUUGAAAGCGGUUUCUGUGCCAGGAUCAGCACAGGUGCCCCUUUACCACCAGGAGCAGAUUCUGUUGUUAUGGUCGAGGAUACAAAACUGAUUUUGGCUUCUGAAGAUGGCAGUGAAGAAUUUCAAAUCGAAAUAAUGGCUUCAGUCAAGCAUGGUCAAGAGAUUCGUCCAAUUGGUUGCGAUAUCAAAGAAGGAGAAAUCGUACUAGAGCAAGGAACUAUUCUAACUCCUACAGAUGUAGGAAUUCUUGCCACAGUUGGACAAACGAAAAUCAAAGUCUACGCUUUACCAAUCUUGGCCGUACUGUCCACUGGCAAUGAAUUACAAGAGAGUCAAGCCGACUUGCAACGUGGACGCAUCCGGGAUAGUAACCGACCAGCAUUAUUGAGUUUUCUAAAGCAACAAGGAUUUCCUGUCGUCGACGCUGGGAUAGCCGAAGACCAUCCAGAGGCACUCUAUCAACGCAUUAACGCGGCCUUUGAAAAGGCAGAUGUCCUAGUCUCUACAGGAGGAGUUUCUAUGGGGGAGAUGGAUUUACUUCGCCAUGUUUUAGUCAACAAAUUCGGAGCCGUUGUCCAUUUUGGUCGUGUAGAUAUGAAACCUGGGAAACCAACCACUUUUGCUUCUUGUGAGCACAAUGGAAAGAAAAAAUUUGUCUUUGCCUUACCAGGUAAUCCUGUUUCGGCCAUAGUGACAUGUCAUCUCUACGUCAUUCCAGCUUGUAGAAAAUUGUCUGGUCGCAAACGAUAUCUUCCCACCACGAUAAAGGCAGAAUUGUCGAGUUCCACUGGCUAUAUUCCUCUCGAUUUUCGACCAGAAUACCAUCGCGUGAAUGUUCAGUGGCAUCACGAGAAAUCUAUUCCGUAUGCCAUGUCCACUGGAAAUCAACAAAGCAGUCGUCUUCUAAGUAUGAAUCGGGCUAACGGACUAGCAAUUUUGCCUUCCAAAACAACAGAAAUGUCAAGUAUUUCUAAUGGAACAAUUGUGGAUGUAAUUGUGAUCGAUCAAUUAUAAGUUACAUUAUGUUGGAAGCAAUAAACAAAAUCCAGCACCUAUC